CUUUAUGUGGUGGCAUGCGCAAGGAGUCAGUGCAGGACAAGCUGGCGGAGCUGGGGCUCCACCAGGUGGAGGUCCUCUUUGUCCUCUGUGCGCUGUGCGGCGGCAAGAGGAAGGAGUCAGUGCAGGACAAACUGGCGGAGCUGGGGCUCGUGGCGAUUCUAGUGGAGUCGUUCGACCGCCUCAACUGGUCGGCACCGCUGCCGCCCCCUGCUGAGCCGCAUGGGAUCCACGGACCCGGCUGCUCCUGCAACCCCGAGUCGGCCCUCAAGAUCCAGUACCUUCGUCUCAUUCACAACUUUUGUGAUCGAGAUGGGCCCAACCUGCACAACAAGCUGCUGCUCGCCUCGCCGGGUGGCGCACUGCCGUCAACUGCUGGUGGUAUACCACCUGAGACUGCUAGUUCAGGACUCACUGCGAGUACAAGCACGCCGGGGAGCACAUCUGGUGGUGCUGCAGGUGGUAGCAGUGGUUUCAGCAGCGGUGGCAGCAGCAGCGCCAGCAGCAACAGUGGGAGUGUGGAGGGGAGGGGACAGGGAAGCGCACAGGGGCAGGAGCCUGGGCAGAGAGAGGAGCAGGAGCAAGGGCGUGGGCGGGGGUUUGGGGCAAGUUUGGGGCGGGCGCUAGGGCUUUCCCCGGACCAGUGGUUGCCUGCAUUGGGGAUUGGAGGGGCGGCAGGAGACUCUAGUGUUAUGCUACAGGGUUUGGGAGUGGGAGCGGGCAGAGGAGAGGGAAGCAAUGAAGAAGCAGCAGCAGUAGCAGGAGCAGCUGGAGCAGCAGCAGGAGUAGGAGCAGGAGCAGCCGAAGCAGGGGCAGCAGGCGUAGGUGGGAUGGUGGAAGGCGGUGGGGGCGAAAGGGGCGAGGAUGCGAGGGAUGAGGGCCUGAUGCUUAAGAUAAUCCGGGUGCUUAUGAAAGAGUCAGCGGACUCAGUGUACCGCUUCUGGCUUGCAUCUUGUGUCGAGGCGUUUCUUAGAGGGUCGAACCCUAAGGACCAGGAGCAUGUAGCGGCCACGGGGCUUAUGGAGCACUUAGUUGAGGAAAUACUUAGAGGAGCAUCGGGGUUUAAGUGCGCCGCAUCCCUCCAGAUAGACUUCGACCUUCUAGGCGAGAUAGUUAAGUUCAACCCGGCUUUAUUCCGAAGGCUGGCGGGGCUUCUUAAGGGGGAGAGGUUUAAUCGGUUCAUAGAGGUGCUAGUGGCGCACCUAGUAGACUCGAAUGUCUUCAUCCGGUCUGUUAUGCUCUCCCUGCACGCCUUCCGGACUGGCCUCCCCACGCCCCCAUACCUCGGACCCUGCCCCACGCCUCCCCUCCCUCCUGUGCUGUCCCCAGCCCUCCCAUCCUCGUCUGCUGGCCCCUCCUCCGUUCCGUGCUCCUCCCUCCCAUCUUCCUCCCCUCUCUCCUCUUGCAAGCCUUCCUCCUCGUCCAGCCCUUUUCCUGCCCAUCAGUCAUCGUCAGCAGAAGGGGCAGACAGAGCAGGGGGGGCAGAGGCAGCAGAGGGUGCAGACGGGGAGGUAAGGGCAAAAGUGGAAGCAGGGCCUGCUGGGGGGUGCAGCAGUGGUGGCGACACUGCUGCUGGUGGUGAUGCUCCUAGCGAUUCAGUGGGGGAGACUGACAGAAGGGGCACGGAGCAGGAAGAGAAUUCACUUCUCAAGGGCUCUACCCUCUCCGCAUCAGCACCUGGGGUAGCUGAAGGUCCCGCGUGGUCGUUGCCAGUGUCAGCAGCACAAGCAGCAGCACAGGCAGCAGCACAGGCAGCAGCACAGGCAGCAGCAGACAGGAAGGGGAAGAAGAAGAUGGAGGAGGGGGUGCUAGUGACUGCUGAGGGGGGUGGCAGUGCGGACAGGGGGAGUGUGGGGAAGGGCAAGGGGAAGGCGGCAGUGAGUGAGGGGUGUGUGGCGGAUGAGGAGGAGAUUGGGUCGCCGCUGGCUGCCUUUAUGGACUGCAACUCUGUCCUGCUGCUGAGGGACCUCAUGAUGGUGGUGCGCCUGGGAGAUAUCAACCAGGACAACAUCUGUGUGCUCAACACGGCCCUCAUCUUCUUCAUUUUCGCCAAUCGCAACGCCCAGCUCCUCUCCCUCCUCUCCGCCCUCCGAGCCGCCGACAAAGCCCAGCCCGCCUCCCUCGCCGCUUCCACCACCCUCCUCCAGCCCUCCUCCCCUUCCUCCCCCUCCUCCCCAUCUUCCCCCUGCUCGCCCACUUCGCCCUCCUCCCCAUCCUGCUCCCCCUCUUCCUCCUCCCCCCCACUAUCUGUCUCCAAAUCCCCGUCCUAUCCACUCCUCGACCCCUCUCUGCUGCCUGAUCCGGUUUCAUCCAAGGAUGCGGAUUCGACCUCAGGGGUUGGUCCGGGCAGCGUGAUGAAAAACUUUCGGGCGCUUUUGGACUUUUGGCGGGAGUAUUACCUGAGGAAGCGGGGCAGGGACUGCGCGAGUCUGCAGUUUUCUACCAACAUUCCUUUCACCGAGUGGCUCAGAGUGGUCGAAAUGCUUUGUGCGCCCCCCGACUGCCCAACCUCGCUUUUGUUCUGCCCGCCGCUGCCUGCUAGCAGCUCACAGUGCUCUGCUGUUGGGCUCCGGGUAGACCCCCCUCCCCGGCGCUGCUGACGUGAAAGCAACCUUGUGUCCUCGUAUAGAAAUUUCACUAAGCACACACAUUGACACUAUGGAUUGUCAUAUUUUUUCCCGUUAUAAGCUGAACACGUUAUGUAUAAGAGUAUGG